AUGCGGUUCAAUAUAGUCAUUUGUGCGGUCGUGGCGGUAGUUUUCAAGAUGACAAACGUCGUGUGUGAAAGCUACAAUAGUUCGUGGUUUGUGUUUCAUAAUUGUCGCCUGAAGGCCAUAAGUCGAGACAAGGUUGUAUUUAAUAUGAACGGAACAGUUCUUCACCCAGUUAAUAAUGUGCAAGCUCACCUUAAAAUUUAUAAAAGGGAGAAUGGUUUCAAGCCCUGGCUGAUUGACUCCAAAAUCGACGCUUGUCGUUUUAUGAGAGGAAAAUACAAUCCUGUCGCCAAAAUAGUCUACAGUCUCUUUCAACCGUUUACCAAUAUAAACCACACGUGUCCCUUUGUGGGACCUCAGGUUAUUGAAGGAUUGUACCCGAAGCCCGAACUCUUACUUCUUCCAUUUCCAACUGGCCAAUAUAUGCUGGCCAUAAGAUGGCUCUUUGACAAGAAACUGCAGUUCGAUACAAACGUCAGCUUUUUGUUUGUAGAAGAUUUAUUGAAACAGAAAUGGUAA